AUGGGACCCCCGGCCGGGUGCCACCAGCUGGGUGACAGCAGCCCAGCCCCUCUCCCGCAGGGGCAGAGCCGCUGCCCUGUGUCCCCGUGCCCCUCUGCGGGGCGUCGGGCCCGGGGGACCCCUCAGCUCCUCUCUUCUCUCCCGCAGGAGCCUCGCCGAACCGGGAGCACCGCGGGGCAGCCGCCUCCUGCCCGCAGAGUCCCCAUGGAGCGGGGCGGGGGCGUGGGCAGCGAUCCCGGCGCUGGGGGUGGCACCGAGACCCCCGAAGCUGAGGGCAACGCAGCCCCGCAGGCAGCACCCGCGGCGGGGACGGUGCGGGAUGGAGGGAAGGACGAGCCGGGGCAGGAGAACGCUUCGGGUGCUGCCCUGGCUCAGGAGGGGGCACGGGAAGAGCCGGGGGACACCACAGCCCUGAGCGCUCCAGAGCCCCAGGGGACAGGGAAGGAUGAGGAGGCUGAGCCUGGGAAAGAAAAGGCUCCGGCUGCAGGAGAGCCCAAAGGAGGGAAGAGGGAGCCCAGGGAGGAGAAGAUUCCAGCUGUGGGAGAGCCUGAAGGAGGGAAAGCAAAGCCCCUCGGGGAGGAGAAGGGCCCGGCUGCUGCCGAGGCUCAGGACCGAGGGAAGGAGGAGCUCACAAAGGAGCAAAGCUCUGGUGGGUCCCAGCCCGAGGGUGGUGGGAAAGCAGAGCCCACAGAGAAGGCUCCAGAUGCAGCAGGGUCUGGAGGGCAGAAGGCAAAACCCACCAAGCAAACAAAUGAGAAAACCACAGCAGCUGCUGAGAAGGGCCAAGCAGCUGCAAAGGCUCAGGAUGCAGGGAAGAAAACUGCAAAGGCAGAGAAAAGCCCAUCAGAUAAAAAGCCUGCAAAGGAGAAGGCUCCAGCUAUGGUAAAGGCUCAGAAUGGAGAGAAUAAAGUGGCAAAGGCAGAAGCCCCAGCUGCAAAAAAGGCUCAAGGUGAAGGUAAAGAGGAGCCUGGAAAGGAGAAACCUGAAGCACCUGCAAAGAAGGCCCUGGUGCCUGCAAAGGCUGUGGAUGGAGGGAAGGCAGUGGCAAAGGCAGAGAAAAGCUUAGCUCAAGGUGGAAGCAAAAAAGAGCCUUCAAAGGAGAAAGCCCUGGGUGCUGCAGUGGUGCAGGAUGGAGAGAAGAAAGCUGCAAAGGUAGAAAAACCCACAGGUGCAUCAAAGGCUCAGGAUGGAGGCAAAGAGGAGCCUGCAAAGGAUAAAACCACAGCUGCUGUGAAGGAGAAGGCUCAGGAUGGAGGGAAGAAAGCUGCCAAGGCUGGGGAUGGAGGCAAGGAGCCCCCAGCUGCUGCCACAGCUCAGGGUGAGGGGAAGAAAGCAGCAAAGAUGGAGACACCGAGGGUCCCAGAGCCCCCCCGCCCGGCUCUGCUGCAGAGCCUGAGCUGCCCAGCUGCCUGCCAGAGGGAGGAUCAGCCCGGUGUGGAGGCGGCAGAGAUGGAAAUGAUCCUGGAGGAGGCCCCGGCAGAGGAGCCCAAGGAGGGUCCAGCAGAGCCUGGCGCUGCCCCACCACCCCCAGGGGGCCCCCAGAAGCCCCCCGACUCCUCAGGGACCAUUGGCACCCCACCACAGAGGACACUGGCCCAUGCUGGGGGGCAGCCUCCACCUCUCCCUGGGGCUGUGGAGCAGCCUGGCCCUGGGGGACAACCCUUCCCUGGAGUGGCAGAGCCCCCCCCCAGCCCCUACCUCACCCCUGAUUUUGGGAGGGAAGACGCCUUCGAGAUCCUGGAUGAUGUCCCUCCACCACCAGCACCCUUCGCACACCGCAUCGUCACCCUGCGCUCAGGCAGCGUCACCUCCCAGUUCAACCUCAGCUCCAAGGAGAUCCUGGGAGGGGGCAAGUUUGGUGAAGUCCACGCAUGCACAGAGAAGCAGACAGGGCUCAAACUGGCAGCCAAAGUCAUCAGGAAGCAGGGUGCCAAGGACAAGGAGAUGGUGCUGCUGGAGAUCGAUGUGAUGAACCAGCUGAACCACCACAACCUCAUCCAGCUCUACGACGCCAUCGAGACGCCGCGGGAGAUCAUCCUCUUCAUGGAGUUUGUGGAGGGCGGUGAGCUCUUCGAGAGGAUCAUUGAUGAUGACUACCAGCUGACAGAGGUGGACUGCAUGGUGUUUGUCCGGCAGAUCUGCGAGGGCAUCCGCUUCAUGCACCACAUGCGUGUCCUCCACCUCGACCUCAAGCCUGAGAACAUUCUCUGCGUCACUGCCACCGGGCACAUGGUGAAGAUCAUCGACUUUGGGCUGGCUCGAAGGUUCAACCCCCAGGAGAAGCUGAAGGUGAAUUUUGGCACUCCUGAGUUCCUCUCCCCCGAGGUGGUCAACUACGAGCAGGUCUCCUACUCCACGGACAUGUGGAGCAUGGGAGUCAUCACCUACAUGCUGCUCAGUGGCCUCUCCCCCUUCCUGGGUGAUGAUGACACCGAGACGCUCAACAACGUCCUGGCUGCCAAGUGGUACUUCGACGAGGAGACCUUCGAGAGCGUCUCAGAGGAGGCCAAGGACUUUGUCUCAAACCUCAUCAUCAAGGAGAAGAGCGCCCGGAUGAGCGCCGGGCAGUGCCUGCAGCACCCCUGGCUCAACAACCUGGCAGAAAAAGCCAAACGCAGCAACCGCCGGCUCAAGUCCCAGGUGCUGCUCAAGAAAUACGUCAUGCGGAGACGCUGGAAGAAAAACUUCAUCGGGGUGUGCGCUGCCAACCGCUUCAAGAAGAUCACCAGCUCGGGGUCGCUGACUGCGCUGGGAGUCUGAGUGGGGGCUCUGGGGGGGCGGAGCCACGCAGGAGGGUCCCACAUCCACCCUGCACCGGGGACCCGCCCGGGGCCAACGACUGGAGCUGCACAGCCCCCUCCCCACUCGUGCUGCACCCCUGCUCCGUGGCACCGCGGGUCCUGCCGCGUCCUCCGGGACCUGCCUGGGGGGCACCCAGGGGCUGCUCGGGGUCCGGGACCCCGCCGGGCUCACCCAGAGCUGUUCUGCCGAACUCGUCCCGUCCCUGAGGUCACCGGCAGCACCCCCGGGGCUCCCGCCCUCCCGGUGCCGGUCCAGCCAACGCUCCCUCCCGGAUCUCCUCGGACUGUGAGUCCACUCCUGAGUGAUGGUUCCCGAUCUCGUCCCCGACCCGCAGCUCAUCCUGUCCCUUCCCGUGACCUCGAAGGAGAAAAGCCACUCCGGAACCCCGCGGGGCCUGCGGGUUGCUUUGGACCCGGGACUGGUUCUGCCUGGAAAUGCCUCCCCCCUGCUCGGUUUCACUGC